AUGGGUUAUUUAAUGCCGACAAGAUUUUUAUUACUGGUAAUAUUUUCUAUCUAUCUAUCUAUCUAUCUAUCUAUCUAUCUAUCUAUCUAUCUAUCUAUGUAUUUUGGUCUCUUCAUGGCUGUCUCUCUUGGUCUCUUCAUAUCUAUCUAUCUAUCUAUCUAUCUAUCUAUCUAUCUAUCUAUCUAUCUCACCCAUAUCUACACGAAAGUCUGUAUCUGCUCGGAAGUCCGUAUCCCCUCGAAAGCCCAUAUCCUCGAAAUUUCGCUAUCAGCUCGAAAGCCAAUAUCUACUCGAAAGUCCGUAUCUCCUCGAAAUUCUGUGUCAACUCGAAAUCAAUACCUACUCGAAAGUCCGUAUUUGCUCGAAAACUCAUAUCUAGGUCAGUAUCUGCUUGGAAGUUCGUAUCCGCUCGAAAGCCCAUAUAUCCUCGAAAUUCCGGAUCAGCUCGAAAGCCAAUAUCUACUCGAAAGUCCGUAUCUCCUCGAAAUUCCGUGUCAACUCGAAAUCAAUAUCUACUCGAAAGUCCGUAUCAGUUCGAAAGCCAAUUUCUUCUCGAAAGUCCGUAUCAUCUCGGAAGCCAAUUUCUUCUCGAAAUUCAAUAUCAGCUCGAAAGCCAAUAUCUACUCGAAAGUCCGUAUCUACUCGAAAGUCCGUAUCAGCUCGAAAGCCAAUAUGUACCCGAAUGUUCGUAUUUGCACGGAUGUCUUUGUUCAUAUCUAUCUAUCUAUCUAUCUAUCUAUCUAUCUAUCUAUCUUUGACAACUUUUUCAUUUCUAUCUAUUUAUUCCAUGAUUUAAGUUUCUUUCCACUUCUCUCUCUCUCUCCUCUCUCUCUCUUUCCGCUCUCUCUCUCUUUCCACCUAUGGCUUUCCACCUAUGGCUUUCCACCUAUGGCUUUCCACUUCUGUCUCUUUCUCCUUCUCUCUCUUUCCACCCCUCUCUCUUUCCACGUCUCUCUUUCGACCCUUCUCUCUUUCCACCCAUCUCUCUUUCCACGUGUCUCUUUCGACCACUCUCUCUUUCCACCCAUCUCUUUCCACCUGUAUGUUUCCAUCCAUUUAUCUUCCCAUCUCUGUCUCUCUUUCCACCUCUCUCUUUCUACUCCUCUUUCUUUUCACCUCUCUCUUUCCACCUCUCUGUGA